AGUCUGCCCACCUUGACCUCCUAAAGUGUUGGGAUCAUAGGCAUGAGCCACCGUGCCCAUUCCUUUUUUCCUGAACAUUUUCCAAGUGAGGUUGUUGGAAAUCACGGAUGGGGAACUAUGCAUGCGGAGGGCUGACUGUAAUUGAUUUCUUUCUGCCUCCUCACUAAUCUGCACACUGCAGGUAGGGACCUGGUCUCAUCAUGCCUGCACCUCCAAGCACUGCCCUCUUACACUGUAGUCUCCCCAUUGGUCAGCUUGGUUCCAUGAGGGAACUCCAUUACCACAGCAAGGACUGACCUCACACUGGUGGCUCCAAGUCACUGCCCAAACAUUCUGAAGGGAGUAGAACUUCUGGAUUCCUCAGAUAAAUAGAGGGCAGAUUCUGGACUGUAGCUAAGUAUUUCCUUUCAUCUAUAGGAUAAAAUACUGAUAAUUUGAGAGUGAUGGACAAGGUUCAGAGUGGUUUCCUCGUUUUGUUUUUGUUUUUAAUGGAAUGCCCACUUUAUUUAUGCAUGCCGUAUGCAGAUGGACUCCAUCCCGCUGGAAACGUAAUAGGCUUACCAGGCAAUAAACGGUCACAACCACCCAGAAACAUCACCAAAGAGCCCAAAGUGUUCUUUCAUAAAACCCAGUUGCCUGGGAUUCAUGGGGCUGCCUCGAGAUCCAUGGCAAUAAUUCGGCAUAGACCUGCUCUUGUUAAAGUAAUUUUAAUUUCGAGCAUAGCCUUCAGCAUUGCCCUGAUAUGUGGGAUGGCAAUCUCCUAUAUGAUAUAUCGACUGGCACAGGCUGAGGAAAGACAACAGCUGGAGUCACUUUAUAAGAACCUCAGGAUACCGUUAUUAGGAGAUGAAGAAGAGGGCUCAGAGGACGAGGAUGAGUCCACGCACCUACUUGCAGAGAAUGAAAACGAGCUGGAAAAGUUCAUCCACUCAGUUAUUAGAUCAAAAAGAAGGAAAAAUAUUAAGAAACUGAGGGAAGAGCAAAACUCAGUAACAGAAAAAAAAAACAAAGAACGCGUCACAUAAUGGAAAAAUUGAAGACUUGUGAACGCAGAUGACAGAGGUGCUGGCUGAGGCAGAGGAGAAACUAUGGGGGUGCUGGGAGACUGAGCCUGUGGGCGUGGCUUGCUCCCAGAGAACCUUGUGGAAGAGGACAUCAAAGAAAGAAAUGCCAGACGUGUAUCCCAGAAAAUAAAGCCACAUGAUAUAGCAA